GAGUUGCUGGCGGUCCCGGGUGCUGCUGGGCUGUGCGCUCAGAGGAGGGUCGAAGCCGCCCGCCGCCGCCGGAGGAGCCCGUUGGGCCGUAGUAAGCAUUAAUAAUGUCUUUCAUCUUUGAGUGGAUCUACAAUGGCUUCAGCAGUGUGCUCCAGUUCCUAGGACUGUACAAGAAAUCUGGGAAACUUGUAUUCUUGGGUUUGGACAAUGCAGGCAAAACCACUCUUCUACACAUGCUAAAAGAUGACAGAUUGGGCCAACAUGUUCCAACAUUACAUCCAACAUCAGAGGAGCUGACGAUUGCUGGAAUGACUUUUACAACUUUUGAUCUUGGUGGGCAUGAGCAAGCACGUCGGGUUUGGAAAAAUUAUCUCCCAGCAAUUAAUGGGAUUGUCUUUUUGGUGGAUUGUGCGGAUCAUCCUCGCCUCAUGGAAUCCAAAGUUGAACUUAAUGCUUUAAUGACUGAUGAAACAAUAUCCAAUGUGCCAAUCCUUAUCUUGGGUAACAAAAUUGACAGAGCAGAUGCAAUCAGCGAAGAAAAACUCCGUGAGAUAUUUGGACUUUAUGGACAGACCACAGGGAAGGGGAAUGUGACCCUGAAGGAGCUGAAUGCCCGCCCCAUGGAAGUGUUCAUGUGCAGCGUGCUCAAGAGACAAGGCUACGGCGAGGGCUUCCGCUGGCUGUCCCAGUAUAUUGACUGAUGUUUGGACAGUGAAAAUAAAAGAGUUUUACUUCUCUGGACUGAUCCUAUUCACAGCUUCCUCAUGAACUUUUCUAAUAGAACCAGGAAAGCUCUCCACAACCAUGUCUGGCGCUGAGAAGCCAAGAGUCUCUGUCAGCUCUCUUUGCCCAGUGGUGACAUGUGCUCUUCUCCACACUGUCAGGAGGUCACGCUGCCCCAUGUGCUGGUGCAGGUCAGCAUCCUAGGACUUGGAAGCUGGCAGGAUUUGCCGGGUAAAGCUGUGUGCCAUCAUGGGGCACCUGAACAGAAAAACACGUCUCACCACUGUGGUUGAUUUCAAAAGAAAGUGAUUCUAUUUUUUAAAGAAAGUGUUGUUUAUGUAAUUGGUUUCCCUUCUAACUUUUUGAGUUUACAAUUUACUUGGUCCAGAGUUUUCUAUUCCUUUUUUUUUUUUUUUUUUUUAAUCUAGUGAGUGGCAUUUAGAUACUUCAUAAAAUUAUGCACAGAUACAUGUUGGAGGCCAGAGCUCAAUCAAGUGAACUUACCCCUGUUGAGUUAGCAGGUUGGUGAGAGAAGCUACCCUGCCUGUCUGACUGCCUUGUUUGUAGUAGGUGGCAUCACCUUGUGCACAGAGGACUAGGAAAGGGCAGAACCUGGCCUCACAGUUGCAGCAGGUUUCCACUGUGGCAAGCUAGGGCUGUUCCUCAUCACAGAGUGUAUAGCAGAUUGCUCACUGCAGAGGAGUUCAUUAUAGAAUGGGUUAUUGUUAUUAUUUUAAAAGUUACAAAUUUCAACCAGUCUUUGCUUUUAACUAUUGUGAAAUUUCAUUUCUCUUUGUAGCACCUUUUUCAUUUUCAGUUACAAAAAGCAACUUUUGCCUCAUAAAAGAGUUGAGAACAUCUCUCAUGCUGUCAUAUACUGCCUGUGUGUCAGUUGCUUUUGUACAGAUUUUAAGGGGGAUUUUUCUGAAUAGGAGAGUCACACAGGACAAAGUUAACAGCUUAAGGGCUCUUAAUUCUGUGGUUUAAGAACUUAAAAAUCUGGUAUUGUAGCAACUGGUUGAAUCUGGAAAAGAUUUACUCAGUGGACUUUAAAUUUUCCACUUGCAGAAUUUGGUCUCUGAUUGGACUGUUCAUAAGCUUUUUUAAAAAUCAGUUAUCAAUUUUUUUGGUGUUUAAAGGUUAACAUCUGUAUCUUUUCCAGAGUUUUUGUGUGUUUUUUGGUAUGGAAUUGCCUUUCUCCAUUCCAGAAGUAAGUUGGGGAAACUCUAAUCCAAGAACUUUUUGUAUAGAGCUAUCUGUUUUGCCAGUGUCACUUGUCAGUAAGCACUGAGUAUAAAAGCCACCACAUCCCCAGCAGUGUGAUGAGGAUUAUUUUUAUAGCUUUCCAUUUUCUUAAUGCCAUGUGUGAAAUUCGAUUUUCAUCAUCUUAACCAAUUUUCUACCCUUGCAGUGAAAGAUGAUGAGAUGGGAGGUGGUCUUAAGAUGGGAGAAUAUCUUCAUUCAUUUUUCCUUUAAUGAAAAAUUAGGGGUAGUUUCCUCAAAAUUGAAAACAAUUGUGAUGAUGAUGGAUGCCAAUAUGCAGAGGAUUGAAUUCAGUGGAUUCUUGCUUCUAAUGUGAGGGUAGGGAAAAUGUGGAUAGCACAUAUUUGGGGUGAGAGUCUCUUAUUCUUUAGUUGGAUUUCUCAUUGUUAGGAAUGUCUUCAGUACUAUUAGGAAAGCAUAUUUUUCACUGCCAGGUACCAAAUGCAGAGGCUCGGUGGAGUGUAAGUCUGGGAUGAGCAUGACUUUCGUUUAUGAGCAGGCAUAGCCGGAUUAGGUAGUUGUUGGUUUGGAAAGGGGUUAAAGCCUUAAGUGAACAGAUCUAAUGGUGAAUUAGUUAACUUCAUACUUUUAAUUUCCUUUGGCUAAAGGUAAUCCACACUCUCUGUCCAGAGACAUGAGAAGUGUGACUGCUUCAGUGUUAGUUUUCUUGUUUUUCUCUUCCCUGUCUCCCCAGUCACUUUGUAGCAAGCUGGAAAACUACGGAUUCUGCACAGGGCAGCUCUUUGUGAAAGUGGCUUAUUUUCGCCACUGGAGAAAGAGGGGAUUGAAAAGUCAAGCGGCACCAGUCUUAUUUCUUGCCCCACAUAAAACACUGUUCCUGUAAUAAUAGCAGAAAGAAGCAGCUGUGAGGAGCUUGGCUGCUAAUAGUGAGGAUCAGAGCUAUUACAGGAACUCCCAUCAAUUGAGACUUUUCAUUCUGUUUUAUCAGAGUGUAUAUAUGUCCUAUUUCAGGAAAAGUAAAAAACAGUCAUUUACAAAAGAAACUCAAUCUGUAACCUAAGCAUUUUAAUAAAAAGUUAAAACAAA